AUGCAAGCGAAGCAGCGCCAAAAGCAAGCCCGAAAGGAGGUUGACUCACGGCGUGCGGCGAAGGCACGACCCCCUUUUCCACCUCCACCAAAGACCGAGGCAGAGAUCGAACAAGAAGAGCUUAAUCAGUGGCUUGAGGAAAUCGACACUAACGAAGCAAGCAAAGCCGCUCUGAAAAUGCAGAAUAAGCAGAGACAAAAGCUAGCAAAGAAAGAAGUCAACAAGAGAAAGGAGGCAAUGCAAAAGCGGGUAGCGGAAAAAGCGAAAGCUUAAGGCAAAAUGUUUAGUGAUGUUGAUCAAUCGACAUUCAGGAUUUUCAACCUCUUUUGUCGAAAAGCGAUGUCUGUGUGUGAAGAAAAGCGGUGGAAGUUGAGUCCACUUUGAUCAUUGUGAUAUACAUUUUCUCGGCUAUUCGAUGAAGAAUUUCGGUUUUCUUCCUUUAACUCCUUGACCAAGAGAGAGCGGAAGCUAGAGCCAAGGAGCAGGCGGAGCUCGAUGAGUGGAUGAAGGGUUUGGGAGAUGACGCCAAUGCCGCGGCCCUGAAGAUGCAGAGCAAGCAACGUCAGCGAGAAGCGCGGCGCCAAGUUAGCAGAAAGCGAGAAGAGGAAAACAGGGUCAACUUCGGUGACGUCGACUUCAUACUAGAGGAUGCGGAGGGAGAUGUGGGGACGACGAGAGCAAGACUGAGCUCAGAUUCAUGUACAACUAAUUGCGGAACUUGUUAGUUGUACUAGUUGCACUUCUAGUACUUUUUGAUGGCGAUUGGUGUAUGCUAAAGAUAUUGCUAAAUAACGAAUUCUAGCACACUCUGGUCGGUAAUGAUCGCUUGCCACAUUUUUGUAUCUUGCAAAUCCAACAACUCGCAGAUCCUCAUCCUAGCAAAGCGCAUCCAAUCUUCAAAGCAGAAGAUUUUCAUGUUGCGCCGGACGGUAGCAGAAGAAAUCUGCGGGCGCGCAAGGAGUCUGAGCCAGAUCUUCGAAACUUUGCGAUUAUGCAUGCAGACCUGAAACGAGACCAAAGUCAGGAUCUGCGUGUCGCCCAGGAGUUUGAGCGACUUCAGUAUGCUGACGCGCGUCGUGGAAAAGGCCAACUGCUGGGUAGUGGACCAUAUGUGAAGAGACAACUACCAGAGCACAAAGAUACUGGUGGAGCGAGUAAUCAGGCUGCUGAAGGCGAAGCUCUUUUGCCAUUCUUCCAGAAACCACUAGGGAACACUAGAGGCGUGGGUAUAACAUUUAGAUUGAGACGAGUAGAAGGAGUUGUUACAUACAGAUACAUUUACAUCUCCAUAAUUUUUCUAGGACCAUCACGACAUCGACACCUGCUACGUACUGCUAAUAUGAAUUACUUAAUUUGACAUUUCUUUCUUCUAAUUUUUUUCUUUCAUUCUUAAAAGUGCCUCGUUUUGGAUCAUUCAUCUCCUUCUCCCCCACGCAGCCGCCACGAGCGUGAUGAUGAUCGAUUCGUCAACUGCGGCUACAGUGCCUAUGUCCGAGUUUGACGACGAUGGGAUGGAGCCAACUUUUCGAAGAUCCCCAAAACUAGCAAAAGUAGAAGAAGAGCCCCCCUCGUCAUCUUCUAUGCACCAGAAGCAGAAUGGUGGCCUUACGUUGUCCUCUGGUGAUGGUAGUAUGCGUAGCAUCAUGUUGGCUACAGGACCGAUCGGGAUGUCAGCACAGGACUACAUCAACAACGAUGACGAGGCGAGGUUGAAUAACAGAAUCGUAGUUCCUAUGAAACGAAAAAGUGCACUCACACUUCUCAAGAAAUUGGCUAGGAUUUAAGUAGGAAAAUAGCCACUUUUUUUGAGUGUGACGAGUGCACUUUUUUCUUUCAUAGUUCCAGGUGCAGUUCCAUCAGCCCCCGCGCCUGCGGAUGCUGAGAGUCUCUUUGUCAGAACGCCUGGUCCUUCAGGUAUUUUUUUGAUAGACCAGGUUGGAGCGAAGCAGAGCCGUUUUGCUCUGGCUGGCGUUGGAAAGGAUGUGAAAGAUCGACCAGCACUACCACAGUACGUCAGUCGAAGGAGCACUCACCGAGGUGAGCCGCGAAGUUCACCGUUUAAGCAAACAGGCAAACAAGCGAUGAGCAGUCCAACUUCAUCUAGUUACCGUAAACAUGGAAAUAAAGGUACCGGAAAGCACGCAGCGGACAGUCCACAGAGGACAACAACAGGAGGAGCUCCUGGAGGAUCUUCUUCAUCAAGUAGAAGUAGUGUAACUAUAGGAGCUCCUUCUCCUUCAUCAGGAGCUGCACCAGUAAUUCUUGAUGCACCACCGUCUUCGUCUUCAACAGGAGCAGAGGACUCAGGAGCAGUAGAAUUGCAGAAGAGGAUGGAGGCUGUUUCUCGAAUACCGCGUCUGAGUACACCGUUCGAAGUGAACACAAAAAGCAUCCUAGGAGAUCCUGUGGUGAAGAAGAUCAUGCUGGAGCAGGAGAAGAAGUUGAAGAUCCAAGAAGAAGUCUUUCGCAGACUCAACUUUGUGGCGAGGAAAGACGACGACGACAAGCUAGUGCUUGCAGAGCGACUGAAAUAUUAUGGUACUGCUGCUGUUGUAAUCCUUCAAUUUAUUUUUUGACUAAAAAUAUAAUUACGGUAUUAUAAGUAAUUUUUGGAAUCCUAAUGUAUGACGUAAGUCAUUUCAUCAGAGGACCACUAGUAUUAUUUCGGUGGUACAACUCUCAUAUGCUUGACAUAGACCUUGUACGGCUCUUGCACGGCCUGCUCUUCUUUUAUUCGUCUCUAGUUCAUUCUUGUUCGACACUAUUAACGAUCUUCCCAACUUUUUUCUUUACUCCAACCGUUGACCGCCUCUGUUAUACAAAUUCCAGCACGUUUUGAUUUUGUUGAAAGACCACGACAACCACUUGCCCCAGGUGUCCCCGGCGCUCCUUCCCGUUUAAUGGCGGACGGAUCCUGGAUGCCAGACCCAGACGAAGGUCUCGGGUUGACGACUCGUCGGUGGCCUAUGGAUUUCGCCUACAGUUCGAAGCAACAGCGAGAAGCCGAGAUGACACAGAAGUGGAUAGAUGAGGAGAUGAGGAGAACGGGGAAGAGUGAGGAGCAUUAAGGGUUGAAGUAUUUCAUUUUUACACGCUUUUCUCUCUUAAGAUUGCUCUUGUUUAAAAAUGAAAUGUUUCAACCUUUAAGAACAAGUCCAGGCUGAAAUCUUAGAAGCGGCGAGUGAUCGAGAUAAGAAAAGAAGUCCGAAGAAUCGAGGUAGCAGCUUAAGUCCACGUGGAGUCACGAAAGUUAUAAAAGCGUACGGUGGAGGAGUCAUGGGAGAAAGGGAAAUGAAGAGGUAAUUCAAAUUUUUAUUGAUCUUGACGUUCACUUCUCUAGAACACAAACUUGUGCAUUCACUCCUGCUACGUUAUGAUCAUUCUUCAUCAAGAAAAAUCGUAACGACUUCUACGUGCCUCCUAAAUUUUAGGACCUAAAUAAAAUGCUACUCGUCCUUCAUCUCCUGUUUCAGGGGCCUAAAUCCCGAGCCACCGCGGAUUCUAGAGGCUUCGCCUGAGCACGUUGAGAUUAGUCCCCUUGUGUUUGGACAAUCCACCGACCUGAAUACCAAAGAGCGAGUAACACCUGGCUCUCCGAGAAAUCACGUUGCCCAAGUCACGAGAGAACAGAAGCGUAAAGCAGCUAGAAUGAAGGCUAUCCGUGAAAUUCAGGCCUAUACGCUGGAGCCAGCAGCAGCCUCCUCGUUGCCCGUGGAGGAUAGUCGGAAACGUAAUCAGUCCAUGGCUGCACGUGGCGAAGCGGUCAUGAGUAGUAUGGAGCCUCCGCGAGGCGGCGGACGACCAAUAGAGGGUCCUUUAGGCUGGAAUCUCUCCUCUAGAGCAUUGAAGAUCGAGACCGGAGCUCCUACGCAGCAUCAAGGGAUCGGAAGUGCGAGUAACGCUAGCUCAUCGCCUGCACAUAGCCAAGCAACGCACGGAAAGGCAUCGAGUGGGUCAGCGAGUCGGGAGCAAUGGUACUAGUGCAUUAAAUUGCAAUAGCAAUAGACACUAAGUGUAAGUUCAAACACUCACAACUUAUUGUUCUUCUAGUUGUACUAGUUCUUAAGCUUAGGGGAUUCAGCCUUUAUUUUUUUCAAGUGCCAUAAAUGAUGGUCGUUCAAAUUUCAUUAUCGUUGCCACCUCCUUCAAAAUCCGAAUCCCAUCAUCAUGAUCAUCCCUUCAAAAUUUAUAUAACAAACAAGGUACGACCGCCACCAUAUCAUUCCUGCUAAGGACAACUUCGAGAAGCAGUCCUUGUACCGUGACUAUUUCAGCCGACCUCAGGAGACCAUGGAUAAUAUCCGGACAGGACAUACAUCGGCUGAUUACUAUGACACCCUUCUGCAGCAGGAACGCAACAAUUGGAAGUACAAGAAAUGAGCAGCGGAACAGGCGGUGCUAGGGACAACGGUGCGACCAUGUUUUUAUGAAAUUAAAAGAUUUUGAUGAUAAAAAGAGAAUAUAUAACAACAAAGCUUCUAAGGCAUAGGCAUGAUGAUAAUUCUAGUAUGUAAGUAGAAGUCGUAUUAAUAUCAAUAAGAUCAUGAUAGUAGCCCAUUUUUAUUGACACACAUGUAUUAUAAGGAAUUUGAUGAAAUAUUGAGAAUAUCUAAUUAUACGCAUAGGCAUACUAGCCAUAGAUCCGUUCAUAGAAAAGCAAAAAGGUUAAGCACUCUAAUUUUCAAAGAACCAUCAGGAUUGAAAGUUUUACGAAUCAUGUUGAACAUCAUGAAGAUGCUUCGAGCAUUCUCCUGCAAAGUUGAUAACACUCACAACACAUUUCCUACAACGACGUCAAGCAGAGUUUUCGAACUAUCUACGCUUGUAAUUAUGCCUGUAUCUUGCUGCUUCUCUGAUUUUUACGCGCAUUAUUAAGAAUUUCAAAGAAAUUGUUAUGCAUUUUCGUAUUGGUGUUUGUAUCUAGAUUUUGAUCGAGCGAAUCAUUUAAUGUACAACAUGAUGUUGUUCUUCUAUUAUAGUUUUGUUGGGUACUAAAAUACAUUGGAUGUGCAAGAAAGCAUAAUUAGUAGCAACAGAAUUUGAUGAUGAAGAUUUGUUUCCAUGAAUGUACUUACUUACAAAAAUAGCUAGAUGAAGUUGAAACGAACAUAACAUCAAAAUUCUUGCUGUUAAUACCGUAAGCGUACAUACAAUUGGGACGAUCGGAUCAAUAAUGCUGCAGGAACCAGGACCACAACGACGACAACAAAACGAGUAUUCGUUUUGUUGAAAAAUCAUGGGUUUGUAACUAC